CUUGAUAAGACACGUGAACUAGAUUUAAGCAAGAUUUCGGGCGACUUAUCGAUAAAUUAAAUGAGACAUUUGAAGCAUUUCGUAAGAGCAUCAGACAAGAGGGGACCGCUGUGGAUAAUGAUGAAUCAGUGGAAACGUCAGAUCCUAUAGGUGAUGAGGAACCUUCGGUGCAAGAUAAUCUUGAGGAACUGAAGAAGUCUAUUGAAAGCGAAGUUAUGUCAUUUUUGAAGGAGAAAGCCGAUGUUUUGAAUUUCAGCAACUCUUCUGGAACAUCAAUUGAGGCUAACGGCAAUUCAACAGCUCAGCUUGUCGAAAUUCAGUUGCAAUUGGCUACGGAAAGAGAAGAGAAAAAAAUCCUGGAGGAACAAUUGACAGCCUCAGACGCCAAUUUAAGAAAAGAAAUCUCGUCUCUUGAGGGUGAGGUUGCAAAGCUGACAGAGAAAGCGAAGAAGAAACAGGAAAGUUUCGUUCAGUUGCAAAACGAGAAGGAAAAUUUGUUCAACGACAAUCGAAAAAUCAUCGAAGAUUUAAAACUUGCGCACUCGAACGAAAUCAAGAAUCUUACUCAACAGGUCGAACAUUUUAGGAAAACCUUAGAUGCUGUCAAGAAGGAGCUUACGGACCUUCAACAAACGUCUGAAACAAAGAUAAACGAAUUAAAAGAAAGAUUACUGGUACAAGAAAAUCAGGCUUCAUCUAAUGUCGAGGAAACCGUUCAAGAGUUAGAUAAUGUCAGAAUCGAAAACAUAUCGUUAUCGGAACAAUUGCAGUCUUUGCAGGAGGCAUGUGAAUCUUAUCGCGUCGAAACUGAAGAUCAGAAGGCCAUGCUACUGGCUCUGCAGGAGAAAACAAAGGAUUGCGAACGCAGAGAAGCCAACUUGAAAGCGGAAAAGGAGAAAUUGAAAGAUGAACUGGGGGAAUCCAAAUUGAGUUACGAACAUUUGCGAAGACAGGCCGAUGAAACUAUGAACGAUCACCAACAAUAUAUACAACAAGCCAACGAUUCUGCUAAGUUGGCUGAGAAACGAAAGCAGAUGCUGGAUGAGUUGGCCAUCGAGCAGCAGAAGCUUGUUACUGAACAUAAAGAACAACUAGAAAAGUUAGAAACAAGUUUUAAGGAGGAUGCCAAAAGCAGUGAAGACGAGUUCAAGAAAACGAUCGAUGAUUUAAAGGCUCAGCUUCAAGGAGAAAAGAAAUUAAAGAAAGACCUGGCAGAAUCUCAACAACAGCUUGCAGACAUCACAACGCAACUGACCUCGAUGGAAAGCAAGAGUGGAUGGUUUGAAAGACGGUUGACGGAAACUGAGGAAAUGUUGAGUGACGAGAAAAAAAAUUACGCGGAAAAAGUCGAAGAACUAACCAAAGAAAGUGAAAUUCAAUUGAGCGAAGCGUUAGCGAAACAUGCGGUGGAAGUAGAGGAGUUGAACGAGAAACUUGAUGUAAUCAAAGCUGAGAAACUGGAGCAACAAAAUCUGUUAGAGAAAUUCAAACAAGAAAUCAAAGACAAAGACGUCGAAAAUGUGAUAGCAGGGAAGAGGGAUCAACUUGUGAAGGAUUUGAAAAGACAAUUGAAGAUCGAGCGAAAGAAAUCGGAGCAGCUGCAGCAGAGACUGCAGGAAGCUUGUUCAGAGAACAGAGCUCGAGAAAAUUUCGAGAAGCUUUACGAUGGAAAUGUUAGCAGAGAAAAUGCGCGACGGAAUAGUGGAGACUCGUCGAUGCUCAGCGGAUCUUCCGUCACGAACGAUUCUCAGGAUAUAUCAAAAGAACCUAGUCCAGACUCCCCAUUUAAAGUGGCGAGCGUCAGUGACGAAACUCUCGAUCUCAUUUCUCGCGUGGCUGACUUACAGCAGCAGAAAUGGCAACUCGAAGAGCGGGUUCGUCAUCUCGAGGAAAAUUCAUCAGCAAUGGCCGAAGAUUUGAUGAGGAAGGCGGCUGUCAUUCAACAUUACGCCAUGGAGGCGAAGAUCGAUGGAGGCAAAGACAUUUCUAGUCCACAUGAAUCAAACUUCAAAUCGCGAAUGAAAGGGACAUUUAACAUGGGGAAACAGGAGGUCAUGUUGAAGGAUAUAAACAAGAAACUUCAGCGAAUGUUGGAGGAAACGUUGAUGAAAAAUAUUGAAAUGCAGAAGGACAUGGACAUGUUGACGAAAAAUCAAACCAUGGAAACAUUGAAAGAUUUCAAAGAUGACACAGAUAAGACGUAGCAUUUAGUUAUCUUUUUUUUCGUAGUUCAGAGAGCUCGCUCUUUGAAAACAGAACCGUUGAACCAUCGAAAGAUUUGCCGCUUUUAACGCGGAACACAAGAUGGCAAAUCUUUUGAUUUUUAUGAUUUUGUUUUUGCCACUUAAUAACUAGGUUUCCUUUUGCUGAAUAUAGCUACCACGAUGCCCUUGAAGUUUUUACUCGAUAUGAGACGUUCGAAAAGCAUUUUGGUAGUUGUAUUUGGAUAGCGUAGGGAAAAACAGCUUUCGAAAUGCGGAAGGAACAUGAAAUUCUCAAACACGUGGCUAUGCCACUAUGCACUGCGUAAUUCGUUCGUCAUUUAGUAGCAACGAUUUGAAUGCAGAUUCUUUACAAUAAAAUGUCGAUGGUCGCCAUCGAGUGAUUAAUGAUAAAUCGCAAUAAUUGAAAUAAUUGUAUAAUAAUUCAAAUAGCAUUCUCAUUUGUACAAAAUCGUAUUGCAGGCAAUGAUCCAAACAGAAAUCUAUUCUCUUAAUUCACGCAUAGUAAUUUGUCAUUUUAAUAAACAAUUUUCAAAGAGAA